AUGUUUUCUCUGGGGUCCUGGUUGCCACCGUUGCCCGGGCUGGCCUGGGGCUGGGCCCUGCUGGAUGCGCUCCUGCAAGGGUUGGUGGGUGCCUGUGCUGUCUCUGUGCUCUGCAGCCUCCUGAAGGUUUAUCUCUACACCCAGUGCCUGAAUGACCCGGAGAGGCAGGCGGAGGCGGGGGCCCUGCGGGCGCAGCGGCGGGGGCUGGAGCUGCUGCGGGUGCUCGUGCUGAUGGGGGUCUUGGCCAUGGUGGGACCCCGGGUGGCCGCGCUGGUGGUGCUGGAGUUCUCCCUGCGCGCCGUCUCCACCCUCCUCUCCCUCGGCAAGCUGUACGAGCUGCACAGCCGGGCGCGGUACUGCGGGCUGUGCCUGCUGCUGCUGGCCUCGGGGCACGGGCUGCCCCGCCUGCUGCGCACCGCGCUGGCUCUCACCUUCGCCGUGGCCGGGCUGGCCGCCGUGGCCCUGAUCAACCGGGACUUCCUCUCCACGGCCGAGGCCGUGCGGUUCUGGACCCCGCUCACCAUCUGCUACACGCUGCUGGUCGUCUACAUGCAGGGUGAGAAACAGCAGCCGCAGACGGGGUCGCAGGAGGGGCCGCGGCAGAGUGUUUACCAGACGGUGCUGGUGAGGAUGGGCGGCCUCUUCAUCCUCCUCCUCACCGUGGGCCGCUGGGCUGACGUCCUGCACGUCCUGCUGUCGCUGCUGGGCGAGUUCUGGUGCCUCCUUCACACCAGGGUGAUGCUGGAGUCGUGCCGGCGGCAGGAUUUUGCCCAGCAGUCGGGGCUGGAGAGGCGGUUGGGAUCGGAAUCGCUGUCGUCGGAGGCAUCGUGA